AAGAAGAUGACUUUAAGUUAUGACACUUACAAACAGCCUACAGCUUUCUCCAGUUAGAUUACAUGUAUGAUCUUCACAAUGAGAAACAGCAGAGCAGCCGAUGGAAGCACGAUGGAAACUAUUCAUCUAUUCAAGAUGAAGAAUUUUAAUUUUUUCCUUGCUUUGUUCUGUUUUAAUCUGUGUAAGGAUGAUGUGAAUGAUUUUGCGAGGGAUGAAAUGGUGACACGUGUGGCUGAGAGAGAUUUCAUCAUCCUUCACAAUGAUAUUACUGAAACCCAGCGAGUCGAUUACCUGCUGUGGAUGUUUGGGUCCCCAAAUAUUCACACCCCUGAAGUCUAUGAAAGGAUCAUCUCAGAAAGUUAUGAGAGAUUUAGAGACAAGCAGAGCAGAGCACACAUUAUCUGGAGCUUCAGCGACACUCAAACUCAACGACAGUUCUUUUCCAGAACCUAUGUAAGAGUUGAAAAGAAUGGUUCAGUGAUGGAGGGAGACAGCGUGAUAUUUUUCCCCAAUGCUACUGGAAUACAAAGCUAUGAUCUGAUACAGUGGAAGUCUGUAGAUGGAGAUCAUCUAUGUAGAGCUAACAGCAAUGAAAAGAAAACGAUUGAAUGUGAUGAGAAGUUCAGAGACAGAUUUGAGCUUGAUUGUCAGACGGGAUCUCUCACCGUCAGAAACAUCAGCACAAAAGACCCUGGACGUUAUGAAUUUACCAUCAUCAGAAAUGGAGAUAUAGAAGCACUCAAGCGUUUUAGUGUUAAAGUCUAUGCUCAUCUACCCAUUCCUGUCAUUCUCACAAACUAUCCAAACUGUUCUUCAUCAUCAUCUAAACGUUCGUCAGUGUCUAAUUGUUCACUGCUGUGUUCAGCUGUGAAUGUGAGUGCUGUGACUCUCUCCUGGUACAAAGGAAACAGUUUAUUGUCCAGCAUCAGUGUGUCUGAUCUCAGGAUCAGUCUCUCUCUACCUCUGGAGGUGGAAUAUCAGGAGAACAACACCUACAGCUGUGUGAUCAACAAUCCCAUCACAAACCAGACCACACAUCUGCAGAACAUGAAACUCUGUCAGACAUGUUCAGAACAGCAGCGUUCAUAUGUUACACUGCCAAUAGUUGUUGGUGUGUUGCUGGUCUUGAUUGUAGCUGUACCUGUAGGUCUGAAAUACUGUAACAGCAAGACAAUACAAGCUAGACAGGAGGGCAAGUAUUACUAAAACUAAUAUAUGUAAAAAAAAAAUUUUUAAAAGCAUUCUGGAAGUGAUAAAAAAAAUCAAAAUUACAGAUUAUUUUAAAGUUUUUAUUGUUUUGAAAAAUAUGAUUUAUUGUUAAAACAGUUCAGACACACAAAGAAGAGGUUGAUUACACUGAAACAAUUAUUUCUCCAUGCAGUGUUCACAGCACGGUAAGAAAAUGUGCAGUGAAUUCACUUCUCUGUAGCACCCUGAGCUUUUACCCAAGGAAUCUCUCUGCAGAUUUGGCCUAGUUCAUGGAU